AUGUGGGCUUUCAAACGUGAAAUACCGAUUUUCAGGGAGUUUUCCGCUUUCAAAACGGUUAAAAUACGGCUUUCGCGGAGAACUUAUAAGCAAAUGAAAUUCCAAACCAAGGAUGAAGAGAAACUGCGAUUAGUUAGCGAGUCCUUACGCUUCAAUGACUUUGGUAUUGAGUGUGGCGAAUUAGAGCAGUUGAGAAAGUGUCUGUACCCCGUCAGGAACGGUGUGGUGAACUUUCCUGACGGGAAGGAAUUCCAGGUCGGAAACUUGCAACGAUUGGGCAGGACACUUCUGCGAUUGAGUAUAAUGGGUAGCUUUAUGAAUGUUUUCAAGAGAAGCCGACACGAUAUCAACGGGCUGGAUUUCAAUUACGAGGAGAAAAUGACACAUAUGAGCACCUCUAGACGUUCGCCGGAGAUUCUUCUACGACGGUUUAUAACGCACAGAUUCGACAGGUUAGCACGCGUCCCAAUGCCAGAGAAAAAGGUUCCUUUGAGGAUUCACAGGGUUUUUGAUCAAAGAUGUCUAUUCGCUAUCAUUGGGUAUGUCAGCGUCAUCAACGAUCACAACAAAAUCACAGCUUUGCUGCGAGAACGCGUAGCGAAACCUAUACUCAAGAAGGCUUUCGGCAUGUAG